UUUAGCAAAGGCAGCACUGCUUAUUUGAAUAUGGAACCUGGUGAUUGCCAUGGUGACCAAUCCGCUGUCUCUGCUCUGGUUCAGGCAGGAAUUACAAGAGUUGUGGUUGGAAUCAGACAUCCUUUGCAGCAUCUUCAUGGGAAUGCUAUACGCUCACUAAGAGGUCAAGGUUUGCAGGUCGAUGUUGUAGGUGAGGAUCUAAAGAGUAAAAUUAUGGAGGAAGCUCGAAAAUCUUGCCUACUUGUGAAUGCUCCUCUAAUUCAUCGAGCAACUUCCCGAGUUCCCUUCUCUGUUCUCAAGUAUGCUAUGACUCUUGACGGAAAAAUUGCCACUACUAGUGGGCAUGCAGCAUGGAUAAGCAGCAAGAAAUCAAGGAAUCGAGUUUUUGAACUACGGGGUAGAAGCGAUGCCAUUAUUGUUGGAGGAAAUACUGUACGCAGGGACAAUCCACGUCUGACAGCCAGGCAUGGCGGUGGGCAUACACCCACACGGAUUGUAAUGACACAAACAUUUAAUCUUCCUGAGGAGGCAAACCUUUGGGACAUUUCUGAUGUAUCUACCAUUGUUGUGACACAAAGGGGUGCCAGAAGGAGCUUCCAGAAAUUACUUGCAUCCAAAGGAGUGGAAGUGGUUGAGUUUGAUAUCCUAAAUCCUAGAGAAGUUAUGGAAUACUUUCAUGAUCGUGGGUAUCUUUCCAUAUUGUGGGAGUGUGGAGGGACACUUACAGCAUCUGCUAUUUCAUCUGGUGUGAUACACAAGGUUUUUGCAUUUGUUGCUCCUAAAAUUAUUGGUGGAAAGAAUGCACCAUCUCCUGUAGGUGAGCUGGGAAUGGUUGAGAUGUCACAAGCCUUGGAUCUAAUUGAUGUUUGCUUCGAGCAGGUUGGACCAGACAUGCUUAUCAGUGGAUUUUUACAGCCUGUACCGGACUUGGUACCAGUUAUUCCAUCAGAGGAUGAAACCUUUGCAAUUGAUCCUUCUAUCACCCCUUAUGAAUCGAGGAUCAUAUUCUUCUAUAAAACAUGGGAUCCUUAUGGAGCUUUUUCGAAUUUUUCUCCGCAUCCAAUUCAAAUGCCUGAUGGAAGUGGUGCUUAUGCCACAUGGUCAAGCGUAGAGCACUAUUACCAGGCACACAAGUUCGUGGGGGUGGAUGAACCUGUGGCAAAGGAUUGUGUUGAGAAGAUCAAAUCUGCCAAGAGCCCUGAGGAAGCAGCACGAAUGGGAAGAUCAAUGCAGAAGCAGCGCCCAGAUCUGGUGAGGUCUGACUGGGAAGAUUUGAAGAUUGAUGUUAUGUAUAGAGCAUUGAAAUGCAAGUUCUCAAUUUAUCCUCACUUGCAAUCUAUGCUGCUCUCAACUGCUGGAUCUGUUCUUGUUGAAGCUUCACCACAUGAUCUUUUUUGGGGUGGUGGGCGGGAAGGGGAAGGCCUAAAUUAUCUGGGCAGGCUGCUGAUGCUCAUACGGUCAGAGUUUCUUGGUGAGUGCUCCUCAACAAGUGAAAUCACUUGCGAAGCUCUAUAAUAUGCAGCGAAAGAAAGCAUGUUGAGAAUGAAUACAGAUUGUUGGUGUAAGAUGAAGUGUUAUCCAAAGUGGUGAUUAAAUUCUAUUGCUAUCAUAACUCACGAGUCAAUCAGUCCACUUCACCUUUUGUAUGGAGGACGGGUGUCAUCAUUCAGACAAUCUUUUUCAAAUAUGAUAGGUCAGAUAGGUAAUUCAGAAUAAUUUAAAGAUUUAUAUAGUAUUUUGCAAUGUUGGAAGCCUAGGAAGUGUUUUGCGGAGAACUUGUACUGAAUGCCAUUUGGCUGCACACUGAGUUGACAUCCGCUCUGUGAAUAUCCUAUUACUUAUCUGAAUCUUAUCUUCUUUCAAAUUAGCUAUUUUUUUUUCGUAUAGGAGAAAAUUAGUUUGUUAACCUUCGAGAUAAUGACUUCUUUCAUUUCCCUUUUGCAAAAUUAAAGCUCGCUUGCGUCAUACCAGUGUGAAAUGAAAGCAUGGCUUGCCAUCA